AUGCGACUGCUGCGCCUGGGCAGCUCGGCCGAAGCACUGGAGGCGGCCAAGCGAGCCAUCCACCUUUCGGACAUGGUGCUGCGCUUCUGCAUCACCCUCAGCCACCUGAACAGGGCUAUGUACUUCGCCUGCGACAACGUCCUCUGGGCGGGCAAGGUGGGCCUCGUCCCCAGCGUGGACCAGGAGAAGUGGAGCCAGAGGUCCUUCAGGUAUUACCUCUUUGCCCUCAUUGUGAACCUGAGCCGGGAUGCCUACGAGAUCCGGAUCCUGAUGGAGCGCGAGGUGGGCGGGAAGCGGGCGAAAUGCAGCGAGAACGGGCGCUUGUUCCAGGCUGACAACGGCCUCCAGCAGCUGGGGCUGAGGCUGCAGGUCCAGCUGCAGCUUCUGAUCCGUGUCCUUCGGAGCAACCCUCCCCUGCUGCUGGAUGUGGUGAAAAACACCUGUGACCUCUUCAUCCCCCUGGACAAGCUGGGGCUGUACAAGACCAGCCCAGGCUUUGUGGGGCUCUGUGGUCUCACCUCCUCCGUCCUCUCCAUCCUCACCAUCCUUCAUCCCUGGCUCAAACUGAAGCCCUAGUUGUCCCCGGAGCCUGCCUCGGGGCUGCCUGGGUCGAAGCUGGUACAGGCAGAUAUUAGGAGACCCCAGGAGUGUUCCCGGGACUGGGCCAAGGUGAAGCUGACAGUUUUGGUCCUGUUGUGUGUGGCUGUGCGUUUGCGUCAUGCCUGGCUGCUUUCACCAAGGGUUGACCAAGCCUUGGAGACGGGAGGAAGGUGGAGGGAGUUCACGGCAUCGCAGCCCGCAGGGACCUGCUCUAGCCGCCUCGUCUCAGUUCCCAGCGGCGCCACCGAAGAGGGUGUUACUUGGCAGACCUAACUUUGGCUCUUCUUCCCGUUGACUGUAGAGCCUGUCUAGCCCCAGUAGGGGUGAAACAUUUCCCCUCUGUCUCCAGAGGAUCUUUAAGCCUGGAGCCAGCCAACAGGGAACUUCUGCUGCUCUUGCCCUGUCUGGGGCCAGAGAAGGCCUCCUGGGUGGUUGGGCAUCUCUUCCGGACUGCUGCAGAUGUCCCUUUUACUGGCUUCUUUGCCAUGAUAUAAAUCGGGGAGGGAAUGGCUCGGUGAUGAACCGAGAUUCUCUGUGAUGAUUUUUCCUAGCCACUCUCUGCUCUGAGCUGGCGACACCGCCUCACAAAAUUUGAUUGCUUUCCCAGGUUUCUGUGACACUGGAUAACACUGCUUGUGUAGGGCUUGGGCUCAUCGCAGCUCUAAAGAGAAUUUUACUUAAUCAUCAACUCUGACCGUGUCCUUUGGUCUGCAGUUUUUUUUGUGUCCAGGGGCACCAUGUUCCUCGAUCCGGACCUGGGAGGGAGUAUGGAAGGGAGGGAGCAAGUACCUGUGCUUUUAAGCAGGCUGCAGUGACAGACCUGGCACCAGAGUUUUCGCCUAGUUUUCUUUUCCCUGCUGGUUGGAACUGGGUUGCCUUUGUGCCCCCAAGCCCAAUCGGUCAGGGAAGGUAUUUCAGGUUGCCUGGACGUGCUCAGGGCAAGGUAAUCCCAGCGCCACAGCAUCCACCAGCGAAAGCUGCUGCCCGUUCACGUUGCUUCAGUGCAGCUCCUGGGGAAGGGCUCCCGUGAAAUCUCAGCUCAGACUCAGACUUUGAUCUCUCAUGGAGAAAGAGAUCAAAGUUACGAGGGGGGAAGGUGGCUGUCGGGGCGGGUCUGUUCCCUGACACGCUCCUGCUGUUCCCUGGCCUGGCUGCUAGCAGCCUCUUCACACUCUCAACACCGCGGUUUUAAUGUUUUGGAGCAAUAUUUUAAUCUUGACGGGGAGGUCGAAAGGUACGGCGGAGAGCUGUGAGGCCGCUCCUGCUCCUUGUUGGUCGCGUUUAAAUACUGUACUGUAAAUAAGCACCUGCACUAAUCACAGUGUGGCAGUUUGCAGAGCUAAUUAAAGCCAAACGGCUGAGA